AUGAGACAUUUCUCAGAGAGAUGGACAACGUUGAAGUUGGUUACCAUGAAGUCACUCUUAUUACUGGGCUUGUCAGCCCGUCUCUCAGCUUCGUUGGGUCACGCGGCCAACUCCACCAUCUACAACCCGAUAUUCCCGGGCUUCUAUCCGGAUCCAAGUUGUAUCUUUGUCCCUGAGUGGGAUGAUACCUUUUUUUGUGCUUCGUCGAGCUUCAAUGCCUUUCCAGGAAUUCCUAUUCACGCGAGCAAGGACCUGCAGAACUGGCAGCUGAUUGGGCAUGUGCUGAACCGCAAGGAGCAACUCCCCAGGCUGGCGGAGACGAAUAGAUCAACCAGUGGCAUUUGGGCACCGACCAUCAGAUUUCAUGAUGACACUUUUUGGCUUGUCACGACACUGGUAGAUGAUGACCGCCCUCAGGCAGAUUUUACCAGAUGGGAUAACAUUAUCUUCAAGGGCAAGGAUCCGUACGACCCAGCCUCGUGGUCGAAUGCCAUCCACUUCAAUCUUACUGGUUACGAUCCUGAGCCUUUUUGGGAUGUGGAUGGAAAGGCUUACAUCAACGCCGCCCACGCAUGGCAAGUUGGACCUUACAUUGAACAAGCGGAAGUCAACCUUGACACAGGAGAAGUUGGCGAAUGGAACGUCAUAUGGAACGGAACCGGCGGCCUUGCCCCUGAAGGACCGCAUAUCUACCACAAGGAUGGAUGGUAUUAUCUCCUGGCUGCAGAGGGUGGAACUGGUGUUAACCACAUGGUCACGAUGGCUCGCUCAAAGAAUGUUUCUGGACCCUACGAGUCAUAUGUGAACAACCCGGUCUUGUCCAAUGCCAAUACCUCAAGUCUUUUCCAAACCGUAGGCCAUGCGGAUCUCUUUCAUGAUGGCAAUGGAAACUGGUGGGGUGUUGCUUUGUCCACUCGCUCAGGUCCUGAAUACAUACACUAUCCCAUGGGACGGGAAACCAUCAUGACGGCUGUAUCCUGGCCCGAGGGAGAGUACCCAGUUUGGACACCCAUCAGCGGUGAAGUGAGCGGUUGGCCUCUGCCGCCUGCGGCACUGGAUAUCAAAGGGGUGGGGCCAUUUGUCAACCAUCCGACACCCGAGAUUCUCACCUUCUCCAACGAUACCGCUCUCCCAGCCCACAUCACGCACUGGCGUUACCCCAAUCCAUCCUCCUUUACCAUCUCGCCGCCUGAGAAGCCAAACACUCUGCGAAUCAACCCUUCGAACAUCAACCUGACCGCUCUGAAUGGGAAUUACGCCGGCCCAGGUGGUCAGAGCUUCAUCUCGCGCCGACAGCAAGACACCCUUUUCACUUUCUCCGUCGACCUUGACUUUUCUCCCACAGUCAUCGAAGAAGAAGCCGGUGUAUCUGCUUUCUUGACACAGAACCACCAUCUCGACAUUGGGAUCGUGCUGCUGCCUCCAAGUGCCAGCACUGCGACUCUCUUGCCGGGACAGCCCGCGGGACAAGAAGAGGAGGCUCUGAUUCCGCAGAUCAGGUUCAGGGGGGAAUCCUACGUGCCUGUUCCGAAGCCCAUCAUUGCCCCUGUGCCCAAGGCUUGGAGAGAUGGAAAACUGAGGCUGGAGAUCAAGGCUGCGAAUAGGACUCAUUACAGCUUCAGUGUUGGGCCAGCGGGGAGACAGAGCUUGAUGCAGACGUUGUUGUAUGCGAGUAAUGAGCCUGUUAGUUGGGGUUUUACUGGGGUGCUCCUUGGCGUGUAUGCCACGAAUAACGGGAGAAAUGGGACGACACCGGCAUAUGUCUCGAACUGGCAGUAUCUGCCUCAGGGGCAGUUCAGAGACUAA